AUGGCGGACGCUCAGAAGAAGAUGCAGGCGCUCUCGGACGAGUUCCAGCAGUUGCAGACGGAACUCGAUGGUCUUGUCGAUGCGCGCCAGAAGCUCGAGUCCCAGCAACAGGAGAACCUGGGUGUGCAAAAGGAAUUCGACUCGCUCGAUGAUGACUCCAAUAUCUACAAGCUGGUCGGCCCCGUUCUGUUGAAGCAAGAGAAGACCGAGGCUGUCAUGGCUGUCAAUGGACGUCUGGAGUUCAUUGAAAAGGAAAUUAAGCGGAUCGAGGGGCAAAUCAAGGAGAAUCAGGACAAAGCGGAUAAGAAGCGUACCGAGGUGAGCUUUGACCGUUGUUGGCGAAGAUGUGACAAGUAA